AGACCCGUCAGGUUCAGGUUGCAAGCAGAACUCAAGGUUCAUUCAACUGUCGUCUACGACACAAGGUUGUACAAUCGAAUUUAAGUUAUCAUCAUUUUAUGCUACACAAGAACUUAACUCUAUAAUGUUUGAUUAAACUGAAAGUUGUCUCCCUCCGGCCCCUGCACAGGACACUUGCCACACUGAUCUGUGUUCAGGAUUUGGAAUAGUGAAAAUUCAUAAUAGACGAAUGGUUUCUUUGUUUGAAAUCAGGAGGGGCUGAGCUCACAGCCCUGAGGGGCUCCAGUGUUGAGCACUAAUGUAGAGGAGGUGUGACUGUCAGGUUCAGGUUCAGGUCUUUAUUGUCCCUCCAGGGGAAAUUUGAUUUACAUUACAGGGCAAAAAAUGACACAAAGACAAUAUGAGGACAUGGGACAUUAAUCACAGUAACAGCAAACAACCAACCAAAAGAUUAAAAGUAAAAGUAUCAAACCACUGAAUUAGUAACCAUAGUAAAGUGCUGCUAGUAAGUGAUGCUGAGCAGUGAUAUUAAGGUUUAGUGCAAAUUAAGUGCAUUUAUUGCACUUGGAACAAAGGAAAAUCCUUUUUUUUACCCUCUGGGACCUGUUGAAGCCCAGAGUGUUUAGUUUUCCCACUGUUCUUAUUGUCAAGGCAUAUAAAGGCCGGGCAGAGGAACAGCUUUAGGUCCAAGUGUGAUUGUCUGUGUUUACCUGUAGAAGGAUGGUGGAUCUGUCCACUGUGUUAGGCAACUGUAGGCACUCAGAUCUCCAGCUCAGGUGUAUUUUUCCUUUUUCUUUACAAAAGACUAAUAUAACAAAUAUUUUCACAUCACAAUGCCAUUAAAGUCUUUUAACCAACGUUCUAGCAGUAACCAAACAUGUUGUGAUUGUAUACUGGUAAUCUUUUGGAUGCCUUUUUUCAGCACCCAUGAGUGAGAGUUAUUUCUGUAACAUUUACAAUAGAACAAACAUUAUAGAAAACCACACAAGAGGAGGAAAUGAAAAGAACACAAGGGCACAAUUUCAAAAUAAAACAGGAAAUCACAGAAACCCAAAUAGGAUCAUGACAGAAGAUGCUGUCAAGAGUAAAGAAGUGGUAAAUCACAGUUAUUAAUAGAAAACCCCACAAUAACUGCACAUGUGAAUGAUGCCAUUGUGUCCAAAUAAUUUCCAUCAGUGAACACAUGAAAAAGAGAGAAUGACUGAAGGAAUGUUUGUGUUUCUGUAUCUUAUAGUUACAGAUGAACUUCAACCUCGUGAACGUAGAAGCAGCUUUCCAUUUCUGCCUCCUCACAUGUCUGAGCUGAGGGUGGUUCUGCUGGGCAACAGCUGGUCUCAGAGGAGUUCAGUGGGGAACUUCAUACUGGAAACAACUGUGUUCAACACUGAGGAAGAACCAGACCGCUGUCUGAGAGUCAGUGCAAUGUUAAAAGAUAAAGAAAUAGUUCUGAUCAACAUCCCAGAUCUGCUGCAUCCCAACAUGUCUGAAGAAAGACUGACAGAACAUGUAGAAACCUGUGAGAGACUCUCUGAUCCUGGACCUCAUGUGUUCCUGCUGGUUCUACAGCCUGAAGACUUCACUGAGGAACACAAACUGAAGCUCUGCAGAGUCCUGAACCUCUUCAGUGAUCAAUCAUUUGAUCAUACACUGGUUCUGAUAUCAGCACCCAGAGAGGAGAGUCCAGGUCUGAUGGAUGAAUACAUGUCAAAUCCAACGUUAAGAGACAUGAUCAGAGAGUGUAGAUCCAGCUCGUUGUGGCUUCUUGACCGUCAACAGCUGUUGACACUCAUAGACACAAUGGUGAUGGCGAAUAAUGGAGAUCAUCUGAGCUGUGAGGUUUUCAAAGAUGUAACAUCUGAUUUACCUGCUGGUCAUCAAAGCCUGAAACAAGCUGAAGGAUUCCUCGUCAACUUGGAUCCUGUUAGAGAUGCUGGACAGAAACAUCUCAAGUCAAGCAGAAAGCAUUCAUUCAGCAACUUGAUGAAACUUUGGUCCACAUCACCUACUCCAACAGUUGAAAACACAAGCAACCAGUUGUCUGCACUCAGGACUGUUCUGGUGGGGAAGAGUGAAGACAAAAUGACAGAUGUUGGUAACUUCAUCCUGAAGAAUCAAGAUUUUCAUUUCCAAAAACAUUUUAAACAACUUGUGGCCGCCCAGGGACAGUGGAGAGGAAAUACUCUAACUGUGGUUAAAACUCCAGACAUGUUCAGUCUGUCUGAGGAAGCUGUGAGAGAAAAGAUGCAGAGCUGCAUCAGUCUUUGUCUUCCUGGACCAAAUGUUCUCCUGCUGUUAGUGAAGCCUUCCGAUUUCACAGAGAAGAACAGAGAAACUCUGAAGUUCAUCCUGAGUUUGUUUGGUCAAGAUGCUUUGAAACACUCGAUGGUCAUCAUCACACAUGAGGAGAAUAAAGUUACUCUCCCUGUUGAUGAACUCCUUACAGACUGUGGGGGAAGACACUACAACAUGUCUGAAGACAACCACGGAUCAUUAAUGCAGAAGAUGGAGCAGAUUGUCCAUAAAAACAGAGGAGCCUUCCUCACCUGCAGUGAAGAGACCAUCAGACCAAAGUGUGAAGACACCAGAGCAGCUUUAAACCUGGUUCUGUGUGGGAGGAGAGGAGCAGGGAAGACUUCAGCAGCUGAGGCCAUUUUAGGUCAGACAGAGUUUCCUUCAGUCUCCAAGUCAUCAGAGUGUGUUCAGAGUCAGGGAGAGGUGUGUGGACGUUGGGUUUCCCUGGUGGAGCUGCCUGCCUUGUGUGGAAAACCUCUGGAGGAAGUGAUGAAGGAAUCACUCAGGUGUAUCUCCCUCUGUGAUCCUGAGGGCGUCCAUGCCUUCAUCCUGGUCCUACCUGUGGAUCCCCUCACUGAUGAAGACAAGAAAGAGUUAAAGACCAUCCAGAACACAUUCAGCUCUCGAGUCAAUGACUUCACCAUGAUUCUGUUCACUGUGGAGUCAGAUCCUACAGCUCCAGCUGUUGGUAACUUAAAGGGAAACAGAGACAUCCAGGAGCUGCUUCAGAGCUGUGGAGGAAGACAUGUUGUUUUCAACAUCAAGGACAAGCAGCAGAUCCCAGAGCUGUUGGAUUCUGUAGAAAAGAUGAGAGCUGAAGGAUCCAGAAGCUUCACAAAGGACCUGUUCACUAAAGCUCUGAUGGAGAAGGUUCCCAGACAUCAAGCUGAGCAGCAGAGUGAAACUGAAGGUGAUGAUGAACUUCAGAGCAGAGAGCCUCUCAGGAUGGUGCUGUUUGGGAAGUCCGGCAGUGGAAAGAGUGCAACAGCAAACACCAUUUUAGGCAAGAAGCACUUCAUUCCCAGAAUCGCCCCGAAGCCGACGUCGAAGCACUGUGAGAGAGCAAAGGGAGAGAUCGACGGACGGCCUGUUGCUGUGGUCAACACUCCUGCGCUGUUCGACAAGACUCUGUCUGACGACGAAGUUCAGCAGGAGCUUCACAGAUCCAUCAGCAUGUUGUCUCCUGGUCCUCACGUCUUCUUACUGGUGAUGCAGAUCGGAGACCUCACACAAAAAGAGAAAGACGCGCUGGAACUGAUCAAAACAGUGUUUGGCAAGAAGUCCAAAGACUUCAUCAUCGUUAUCUUCACCAGAGGAGACGAACUGGGAAAUCGGUCGCUGGAGAGUUAUGUCGAAAACUGUGGUGAUUUCAUCAAACAACUCCUAAAGGAGUGUGGAGGCAGAUACCAGGUGUUCAACAACAAAGAUCACACAAACCGCACACAAGUCAGAGAUCUGAUGGACAAGAUCGAGACCAUGGUGAAGGAAAAUGGUGGCUGCUACUACGACACGGAGAUGUUCCAGUUGAGAAAGGAAGCGGAGCAAAUCAACAAAAGACAGCAUGAAGAAAUGCAGCAGAUGAAAGCUCAGAUAGCUGAAAUGCAACAGAUGAAAGCUCAGAUAGCUGAAAUGCAACAGAUGAAAGCUCAGAUAGCUGAAAUGCAACAGAUGAAAGCUCAGAUAGCUGAAAUGCAACAGAUGAAAGCUCAGAUAGCUGAAAUGCAGCAGAUGAAAGCUCAGAUAGCUGAAAUGCAGCAGAUGAAAGCUCAGAUAGCUGAAAUGCAACAGAGAGCGGAACAACAAGAACAAAGUCAGGAAGAAAUGAAACGUCUGAGACAAGAGCUGGAAACCUUGAAGCUCAGGAGGAACAGAUGCUCCAUCAGCUGAUCAUGUGCAACAAAACAUACAGUAAAGUAGUUACUGAGGAGCGAGUGAGGAGUUAUAUUAUUAAUGAAUAACAGUGAUUUCAGGACUGCGAAGUCGAUAAUGAUGAGACACUGAAGGACAGACUGGGAGAGAUCUGUGAAUACUGACCAGCUGUUCCUGAUCAAUAACAACCUCCUGACUCCAAGUGACAUGCAAAGAUUAUCUAAUGAUCAGGUUAUUAGCAUUUAAUGAGCCUAUUGAGGAACUACUCAGUAUUAUAUUUUACUUAACUUGAUUAAUCAUUGACUAAUUACUUAAUCAUUAGUUACAGUGUGUGUUUCUUUAAAGUGAAACAUAAUACUGUAGUUACUCAACAGUAUAUAAGUAUCAUAUCAUGCUAUAUGAUGUCAUUAGCUAACCUGACAUGAAAUGCUAAUCCACAGUGUAACGUCACAUUAGGGGGUUACUGCACUUCAUACAAAGUUACGUAACGUUUUAUUUGACUUUCACUAAGUUAACUAAUGUUAUAAGAAAAGCAGACAGAGGAACGUUCACCCAUCAGCUGGUGAAGCUGCCACAAAGGCACCAGAUGACGACAGGACGGGACGAUUAGUUCCACCUCUUCUUCGCCUCCUCAUCCUCCAGAAAUGUAAACAAAGUGACCGAGCUGUUCGGGGAAAGAUUCAUUAGUCAGACGAAGGCAAAGCGAGCCAGAGAACAGACGGUGUGAUAGCUGAAGAACCGACGACGCUAAACGAAGUGCUGAGAACGGCUGCUGUGCGUCAUCGAGCCGUGACUUCAGUCCCGUCCAAAUAUCUUAAAAUGAUUAACUAACUCUGCAAUUCAGUUUGAUAUAGUAAAAUAACUUUUAACAUGUUGUCAACAUCUUUUAUCAGACUGAGCCGUUACUCAAUAGACUCAUUUAGGAUUUAGUACUUUAUCAUGAGUAACUGACAUUUAACAUGAGUAAGUUUUUUUCUUUUGACCACGUAUUUAAUUUUUGGUUUCACGUCUUUAAAACUCACAUAAAUCUUAAGAAUGUUUUAAUUGAAUUCUGAAAACAAAACAACAACCUGCAGCUUUCAGAGAGACUCAGUUCAGGUCUGCGUCCUCUGAAGGACUCGGCCUCUGUGGUCUGUGAAGGCGAGUCCUUCAGAGACCUUGUUGACCUGGUCAG